UUUUUCCUCACAUCAACGAGAGCGGACGAAGACAUCGCAAAUUCUGUAAACUAAUCCCAAAAGAUGUCUGACGCUGGAGAUGAAAUUCAAGUCGACGCCCAGGCCGCUGAGGUCGAGGUCACUACUGAGGCUCCAAAGGGAAAAAUGUCCGUGGAGGACGCUCUUCAGCAAGUCCUGAAGAACGCCCUUGUUCGUGACGGUCUCGCUCGUGGUCUCCGCGAGUGCGCCAAGGCAUUGGACAAGCGCCAGGCCCACCUCUGUGUGCUUGUGGAGACCUGUACAGAGGCCGAGUACAUCAAACUUAUCGAAGCACUCUGUGCAGAGCACAAAAUCAACCUGAUCAAGGUCGGAGACGGCAAGAUUCUGGGCACAUGGGCAGGUCUUUGCAAGAUUGACAAGGAAGGCAACCCCCGCAAGAUCGUGGGCUGCUCUUGCGUCGUUGUCAAAGACUAUGGUGUAGAGAGCGAGGGUCUCAAUGUACUCCUUGAAUACUUCAAGAACCGGUAGGAUUCUUUCGUGCCCUUGUACAUCAUUCUCGUACAUCUGCGAAUAAAUGAUCUCCUUUGUACCUUGCGUGUUUGAUGGCUAAGUAUCAUUCAACUUCUGUGACUGGCUGUCACCGGUCACAUUUGCCAGCACGGGGGGGCCUAAGAUUUCACACAUGCUACAUCGACUAGUUUAAGUUUGACCA